AUGACCUUUGAUUUAACUAAAAUCGUUAGACCUAAGAUUUACAAUCUAGAACCAUAUCGUUGCGCAAGAGACGAUUUUAAGGAUGGUGUCCUAUUGGACGCAAAUGAGAACCCUCAUGGUCCUACGCAACCAGGUCUUGAAGGAUCUGGAUUGAACAGAUAUCCUGAUCCUCACCAACUUGCAUUCAAGACUGCAAUGGCUAAUUUUCGUAAUGGUGAAAAUCACCAGUACAAAGACUUACCACAGCCAUUGACGGCAGAGAAUUUAUGCCUUGGUGUUGGAUCUGAUGAAAGUAUUGAUGCCAUCAUUAGAGCUUGUUGCGUUCCUGCAAAGGAGAAGAUUUUGGUCCUACCACCAACCUAUUCCAUGUACUCAGUUUGUGCCCAUAUUAACGAUGUUGAAAUAGUUAAAUGUCCAUUGAUUACCAGUGAUAACUCAUUCCAGGCCAACACAGACGAAGUCAUCAAAACUGCUCAAAACGAUCCUUCCAUUAAAUUGAUUUUCAUCACUUCUCCUGGUAAUCCAACAGGUGCUAAAGUGGAAACCUCUAGAAUUGAGAAAAUCCUACAGAAUUGGGACCGUGGGAUGGUCGUUGUCGAUGAAGCUUACAUCGACUUCUGUGGCGGUUCUACAGCUCCAUUAGUUACCAAAUAUCCAAACCUCUGCGUAUUACAGACAUUAUCCAAAUCUUUUGGUCUUGCGGGUAUUAGGUUGGGUAUUACUUUUGCCUCCAAAGAAAUGGCUCGUGUUUUAAAUUCGAUGAAGGCCCCUUAUAACAUUUCAUCUUUGGCUUCUGAGUACGCAUUGAGAGCUGUCCAACCAGAUAAUCUGAAAGUAAUGAAACAACUGUCACUCGAAAAUAAAAGCCAGCAACACCGUCUGGUCAAGGAACUGACAUCCUUGCCCAACGUCCAUAAGGAACCUAUUGGUGGUCUUGACGCCAAUUUUAUCUUGUUAAGAAUUGGCAAUGGUGAUGGUGAUAACGAUUUGGCAAAAAAGCUAUAUUACAAAUUAGCUACCGAAUCUGGUGUUGUUGUUAGAUACAGAGGUAGCGAAUUAGGUUGUACUGGUUGUUUGAGAAUCACAGUCGGUACUAAGGAGGAAAACGACAAGUUGGUUAAGGAGUUUGCUAAAUUAUUGACUCAAUUGACUUCAAAUUAG